AAUACUAUUUAUAGGAUGGGUUUCGUCUUGGCUUGGUUGCCAAGUGAGCAUUAUGUGCGCGACAUCUUUCUAAUGACACUCAUAGCGGCCUUUGUGGCCACCUUGCUGAGCAUUCGAUUCUAUUUACGUAUUACGGCGGGCCGUUGCUUCACUGAGACAAAAAUGGAAGGAAAAACUGUUAUUAUAACCGGCGCCAACAGUGGCAUUGGCAAGGAAACAGCCAAGGAUCUUGCCGGACGUGGAGCACGUGUCAUCAUGGCAUGCAGAAAUCUGGAAACAGCUAAUGCUGUCAAGGACGAAAUCAUCAAGGAAACGAAUAAUAAUAAGAUAUUGGUCAAGAAACUAGAUCUGGGUUCUCAGAAAUCUGUUCGCGAGUUUGCUGCUGAUAUUGUUAAGACUGAGCCAAAGAUCGAUGUUCUGAUCCAUAAUGCCGGCAUGGCAUUGGCCUUCCGUGGCCAGACCAGCGAGGAUGGUGUGGAACUGACAAUGGCCACCAAUCAUUAUGGUCCAUUCUUGCUGACGCACUUACUCAUCGAUGUGCUGAAGAAGAGCACCCCGUCGCGCAUUGUUAUCGUAGCCUCGGAGCUGUAUCGCUUUGCUUCAGUCAAUCUGAACAAACUGAAUCCCAUUGGCACCUUCCCCGCCGCCUAUUUGUAUUACGUGUCGAAGUUUGCCAACAUUUACUUUGCCCGCGAGUUGGCCAAGCGUAUGGAAGGCACCAAUGUUACAGUCAAUUUCUUGCAUCCGGGUAUGAUUGAUUCCGGCAUUUGGCGCAAUGUGCCAUUCCCACUUAACUUGCCGAUGAUGGCCAUCACGAAGGGUUUCUUCAAAACAACCAAAGCCGGUGCACAGACUACCAUUUAUCUGGCUACAUCUGAUGAGGUGGCCAAUGUUUCUGGCAAGUAUUUCAUGGACUGCAAGGAAGCUACAUUGAGCGCAGCUGCCAUGGAUGAGGAGAAGGGACGCCAGCUGUGGGAGGAAUCCCUUAAGAUAGUCAAGUUGACGCCCCAGGAGCCCAAAAUCUAAUAGAUUUAGCAACUAAUCUCUGCUUUGCAUCGUUUACUGGUCUUUCAAUAUUUUGCAACCUAUUCAUAAUUUGGGGGGAGUACACCUUAUGACUAAGUUUUCAAAUAAAUAAAUAAAAAUAUCUGUAUAAAGUAAAA